AUGCCUCCAGGCAGCUUGCCGUCAUCCUCUGGAGCCGGCAGCAGCUGUCCAUGCCUCCCCGCUACUGCUCGAAUGAGCAAGCCGAUUUGGAGUUCUUCUAGCCCCUCAGAAUAUGAUGGAGGGGGCAGCUUCUGCAGCCGCUUUUGUCGCAGCCUUGACUGGUGCCUCUCGGAGUGCCUUUGCCCCCCCUUUGACGUGGCGUUCAAGCGGCGACUUCGGCAGCAGCUGCGGCUCGUGCUGCUUUUCUUUGUCCUAAGCACCAUUGCCGCGGCGUAUCCGUUCGCCUUCCUCUCCCUAGUCGAAGCGCAAUAUCCUUCUAUUCGGCCUUUGCACCUACCCGAUGUCAGUGCAUCUGCUGCUGCAGAGAGAGGGGGAUAUCUAAAGACCACUCGGACUGAGGAGCCGGCGCCUCCUGCUGCCUUGCGUGCAGCUGCCGCACAGCCCGCCUCUGCGAUGGCACUGAUUAUGUUUGUUCCCCCUAAAACAGAACACCUCUACAGCUUCGACCGCGGCUUGCUCUACGCGCUGCUGUACUGGGGCCUCCUGCUGCUCGUGCCUUGCCAGGCGCUUCUUCUGCUCGUGGCAGUGGCUGUCUCUCAGGCGGGAGACAGAGCCUUAACCGACGAGCCUCACAAAGGCCGAGACUGCGCCGCUCGCCUCGUCUCCGUUAAUUCGAGGUGGCUUACGUUGAACAGUUGCUUGUGUUCCCCCUCGCUGGCAGCCUUGUGCUGCGUGAACCUCUCGGCUUUCUUCGCAGCAGCGCCGUCACACCGACUGCAGCUAGGCAUGGCGGUGUGGACUCAGCUAGCGAUCAGCCUCCUCAUACACUUCCCUCUUGGAAUCCAUGUUCGAAAUGCAGUGAAACUCUUCGAGGGAGCUGCGGCCCUCCAACUCCUGCAGCAUGCGCUCGAGGCAGACCACCGUCUCUCUGCCGCCGUGAUGCUUCCCAGCAGAGCGCCUCCCCCGCAAGGUGCAGCAGGCAAGGAAAAUCACGACGAGCAGGCUCAGGACCAAGAGCAAUUUAGUAAUUUUCUUUGCGGAGACAAAGAGCCAUCAAGGCUUCGCAGUGGCAUCCCAGGUGUCCAGUCAGUUUCGUUUCGUAGGAGAACACACUACUCCUGUGUAGACCCCCUACCCUCACCAGCAGCAGGAUUGCAUUCCGAAUAG